ACCCCAUCUGUACUAAAAAUACAAAAUUUGCCUUGCGUGGUGGCAUGUGCCUGUAAUCCCAGCUACUCGGGAGGCUGAGGCAGGAGAAUCACUUGAACCCGGGAGGCAGAGGUUGCAGUGAGCCAAGAUCACACCAUUGCACUCCAGCCUGGGCAAAAAGACUGAAACUUCACUCAAAAAAAAAAAAAAAAAAAAAAAGAUGGAAGGGAGGAGUAAAGAAAAUCCUUAAGAUUUCUAGCCUAGGUCCUAGAAUGAUAAUAUAGUAUGUGUUAGAGAAAAAUACUCGAUAAAAAGCUAAUUUGGGAAGGUAAGUUGCAUAGGUAAGCUGACUUUGGGUUGUGCCUGAGACUGGUUCAGAAAGGUUAGGGCUAAGGAUAAAGUCUGGGUAGUUAGCUGUCUAGAACUGAUGAUCAGACCUCUGCUGGAACCUCUGUAGGAUGAGUUCAUUAUCAGAAGAGGUUUGAAGAGCUACAAAAAUACAACAGGAAGGUAUUACACUGCAUGCUAAACUCUAGGUUGUAGGUUACAAAGGGCUGUAAUUUGAGUAAAUAGAAAUUAAUUUCAGAGAGUCCUCACUGUGGUGAGUAUAAGCAGUUUUAUGCUGUCGAACUGUAACAAGUUAAAUAUAUUACCUAUGAUAUUUGAUUUUGGAGUUUGAUGUAUACUGUUGAUUAAAAAUCCCUUAUAAGAUCAUCUAUUUCUCUCCUAAUCAUUUUAGCUUUUUGUUUAAUAAAUGCUUCAAUGAUAUACUGAUUCUACAUAAAAUUAGCUUUCAAUAAGUCAAAUAUAGUUAUUUAACUUUAGAGAUUUGCUGAAGGGAAUUUUUAAAAUGCAUGCUCAGUCAUAGGUGUGAAAAGUAUGAAGAGCUAGAAUGGCUUUCUUUGAACAAAUUAAAUUUUUUAUUGUCUUUUUGCACUGAAGAAUGAUAAAAAAGCUUUCAGAAUAUUUAUAAACACAUCUGUCUUUAAAAAUGAAAAUAGUAUACUUGGUGUUUAAAAAGCCAUUUCAUUGGGCCGGGCGCGGUGGCUCAUGCCUGUAAUCCCAGCACUUUGGGAGGCCGAGGCAGGCAGAUCACGAGGUCAGGAGACUAUCCUGGCUAACAUGGUGAAACCCUGUCUCUACUAAAAAUACAAAAAAAUUAGCUGGCCAUGGUGGCGGGCGCCUGUAGUCCCACCUACUCGGGAGGCUGAGGCAGGAGAAUGGUGUGAACCCAGGAGGCAGAGCUUGCAGUGAGCCUAGGUCGCACCACUGCACUCCAGCCUGGUCGACAGAGCAAGACUCCGUCUCAAAAAAAAAGAGCCAUUUCAUUGACAAGUCACACUGGUGAAAAAAGAAAAAGAAGAAAAAAGCCAUUUGAUAGCUACUAAUUUGAAUUUGGAGUGUGAAACAUUUUUUAAAUGCAUGAGAAUUAUAGCAUAGUUUUAAUCCUUAUAGAUUUCAUUCCAAGCAUCCUGUUUGUAAGGUGCUAUUAUAUUGGUACAGGUAAUAUUUUGUCAGAAUCUGCAUGAGGGAUAUAAAAAUGUUUUAUCAGGUAAUACCUCUUUAAAAUGAAUAUACUGCCAAAAAUCAUACAUCCAAUCUGCUGAUGCCAGAGCUAAUGGAUAGCUUCACAGCGGUGGAUUAGCAAAUGAAAAGAGGUGCUCUGAACCCAGUAGAGGAAUAUAGGAAGUGUCAAGAAAAUACUCCCAUCCUCCUUUCUUUCCUCCAAGAUCUUAGAUCUUUGUGUGAUGAGGCCCCUUUGGGGAUACCCUAGUUACUGUGUGAGUUACAGGAGAUCUCUGGAGACAGCAGCCUGGCUCUGCAGCUCCUGCUUUCCGCCAUGCCCUUGCCUCUGUUGUCUACCCCUUACUGAUUUCUUUCAUAAGUAGACAGGGUAAGUGGGCCCCCUGCCCUAAAAUAUUAAUCUCGUGAUCUGUCAUUCCACUAUUCUGGUUUCAUGUCUAUUUUUAAAAAGAUUUUAUCUUUGAGAGACCCCCUUUUAAAAUGCAAAUUCCCCUGGGAGAGGUCAGACCUUAGUUCUUAGCUAACAUCUUGAUUAUCUGUUAGUACCUUAGCUGGGCUUAGUACACAUUUGGCUGAGAAGAAGGAAUCCCUGGCUAAAAGUGAUCAACUAGAAGGAAACUAGCAUUUAUAAUAAUAAUUUAUUAUUAUUUUAUUACUAUUGGCAGCUAAGAUGUACUCAGGGCCAUAUUAUUAAGUGCCAGGAGUUGUUCUAAGUUAAUUCCCUCAACAACUCUAUUGGUAUUAUUACCACUGUUACUUUACAGAUAAGAAAACUGAGGUAUGUAGCACAUAAUUUAUGGUCACAUGGUAAAUCCUGUCAAGUGUUAAACUCAGGGAUUUAGAUUCCAGGGUGUGUUCGCUCACCGUUUUAGUGUAAUCCCUCUCUUCUACCGUGAUGUCUCUCAGAUAGAUGAAAUCUAAUCAAGAUUUCACCCUUUUCACAAUUUUGUAUCAAAUAGAAUGAUGUGUUUAAUUAUAGAUGCCACUUCCCUUUGAAGGUCAAAUACUUUGUUAUUAUCUAAAUAGAUUUUUUAGCAAUAGCUUCAAUGAAACAGGUACUUUUUUUGUAUUCAAGGGAAUUUGCAGAGUAGAGAAAGGAGUAAAGAGGCUAGUGUACAAUUUAGCACAUACUUAACACUAUCUGAGCUGUUUUUAUUUAAAACAUGUUAUUUUUACAAUUUUGAAAGUAUAGAUUAAUAAAGAAAGUAUAGUAAUUUGCAGUCCCAUUACCCAGAGAUAACCUCAGAAUAAAUGUAUUCUCACCAGGCUUUUUUCUACUGAGCCUUUUCUGAAAGUGUUAACUCAUUCUGCGUCUUUAAAAUUUUGGAAUGAAAUGAUCUUUUUUGCUGGCAUUUCCUUCUUCAUCUCUGCAAGGAUGUUGAACUAAUAAUUAUUUUCAGCCUGGCAUGGUGGCUCACGCCUGUAAUCCCAGCACUUUGGGAGGCCAAGGCAGGCAGAUCACACGGUCAGGAGCUCAAGACUAGCCUGGCCAACAUGGUGAAACCCUGUCUCUACUAAAAAUACAAAAAUUAGGUGGACAUGGUGACGUAUGCCUGUAAUCCCAGCUACUCGGGAGGCUGAGGCAGGAGAAUCGCUUGAACCCAGGAGGUGGAGGUUGCAGUGAGCUAAGAUAGCACCACUGCGCUCCAGCCUGGGCGACAGAGUGAGACUCUGUCUCAAAAAAUAAAAUAAUGUAAAAAUUAUUUUCUAUGAUUUGCUAGAAACAUGUUUAACUAAAUUUUCUCUGUAUUCAUUUUAUCAUUUUGAAUAAAAGGUAAUACGGAGUCUUGGAUUCUUCCCUUAACCUCCAAAUUGAGUAAGUUUUCUCAACCAAUGUUUGUUAAGCACUAAUUCUACCUCUGCCCCUUUCUUCAAAACUGCUAUACUCCUGCAGCUUUAAUUUCCUUAUAAUUUCUGGACUGCUAGUCUCUCUUAAUCACUCGUCCCUUCUCCAGAGCUCUUUGUAAUUCAGAUCCCUCUGUAACCCACAGAUCUGAUCAUAUCAUCCUCCUCUACAGAUUUCUUCAGUGACUCUAUGUUGCUCAUAGGCCCUAGAAGCAAGCUUGGGGAUGAUUAGGGCAAGUAAUUCUCUGAGUCCCAGGUACCAGCGAGUGGCCUUAGAAGAGGAGUUGCUGGUGUGCGCAGACUUCAGGUGGCCACAUGCCCUUGGCCUUGGUGACUACACAUUAAUAGAGGAGGGCCACAGCAAGGAUCCCCUAAAGUGGUUGUUUAGGUCUAGAUGCAGACCAUGCUACUGUGUGUUGAGAGUAGACUGUUGGUGGCAGUAAGGACAGAAGUGGAGAGACCAUCUGGGAGCCUUACUGCAGUAAUCCAGUUUUCAGAUGCUUCAAGUGUUGUGAACAGAGACUUGUUUGGAUUAUGCAUUUCUCAGCUAGACUAAAUAAAUGCUAGCAAUGGAUAAGUGCAAACAUGUUGGGCAGCUGCGGCUUGCUCAAGACCAUUCCAGCCUCAACCCUCAGAAAUGGCACUGUGUGGACUGCAAUACGACCGAGUCCAUUUGGGCUUGCCUUAGCUGCUCCCAUGUUGCCUGUGGAAGAUACAUUGAAGAGCAUGCACUCAAGCACUUUCAAGAAAGCAGUCAUCCUGUUGCAUUGGAGGUGAAUGAGAUGUAUGUUUUUUGCUACCUUUGUGAUGAUUAUGUUCUGAAUGAUAAUGCAACUGGAGACCUGAAGUUACUACGAAGUACAUUAAGUGCCAUCAAAAGUCAAAAUUAUCACUGCACAACUCGUAGUGGGAGGUUUUUACGGUCCGUGGGUACAAGUGAUGAUUCUUAUUUCUUAUAUGACAGUGCCCAAUCUCUGCUUCAAAAUGAAGAUCAAAUGUAUACUGCUCUUUGGCACAGGAGAAGGAUACUAAUGGGUAAAAUCUUUCGAACAUGGUUUGAACAAUCACCCAUUGGAAGAAAAAAGCAAGAAGAACCAUUUCAGGAAAAAAUAGUAGUAAAAAGAGAAGUAAAGAAAAGACGGCAAGAAUUGGAGUAUCGAGUUAAAGCAGAAUUGGAAAGUAUGCCUCCAAGAAAGAGCUUACGUUUACAAGGGCUCGCUCAGUCGACCAUAAUAGAAAUAGUUUCUGUUCAGGUGCCAGCACAAACGCCAGCAUCACCAGCAAAAGAUAAAGUACUCUCUACCUCAGAAAAUGAAAGAUCUCAAAAAGUCAGUGACUCCUCAGUUAAACGAAGGCCAAUAGUAACUCCUGGUGUAACAGGAUUGAGAAAUUUGGGAAAUACUUGCUAUAUGAAUUCUGUUCUUCAGGUGUUGAGUCAUUUACUUAUUUUUCGACAAUGUUUUUUAAAGCUUGAUCUGAACCAAUGGCUGGCUAUGACUGCUAGCGAGAAGACAAGAUCUUCUUGUAAGCAUCCACUAGUCACAGAUACAGUAGUAUAUCACAUGAAUGAAUGUCAGGAAAAAGAUACAGGUUUUGUUCGCUCCAGACAAUCAAGUCUGUCAUCAGGACUAAGUGGUGGAGCAUCAAAAAGUAGAAAGAUGGAACUUAUUCAGCCAAAGGAGCCAACCUCACAGUACAUUUCUCUUUGUCAUGAAUUGCAUACUUUGUUCCAAGUCAUGUGGUCUGGAAAGUGGGCGUUGGUCUCACCAUUUGCUAUGCUACACUCAGUGUGGAGACUCAUUCCUGCCUUUCGUGGUUACGCCCAACAAGACGCUCAGGAAUUUCUUUGUGAACUUUUAGAUAAAAUACAACGUGAAUUAGAGACAACUGGUACCAGUUUACCAGCUCUUAUCCCCACUUCUCAAAGGAAACUCAUCAAACAAGUUCUGAAUGUUGUAAAUAACAUUUUUCAUGGACAACUUCUUAGUCAGGUUACAUGUCUUGCAUGUGACAACAAAUCAAAUACCAUAGAACCUUUCUGGGACUUGUCAUUGGAGUUUCCAGAAAGAUAUCAAUGCAGUGGAAAAGAUAUUGCUUCCCAGCCAUGUCUGGUUACUGAAAUGUUGGCCAAAUUUACAGAAACCGAAGCUUUAGAAGGAAAAAUCUACGUAUGUGACCAGUGUAACUCAAAGCGUAGAAGGUUUUCCUCCAAACCAGUUGUACUCACAGAAGCCCAGAAACAACUUAUGAUAUGCCACCUACCUCAGGUUCUCAGACUGCACCUCAAACGAUUCAGGUGGUCAGGACAUAAUAACCGAGAGAAGAUUGGUGUUCAUGUUGGCUUUGAGGAAAUCUUAAACAUGGAGCCCUAUUGCUGCAGGGAGACCCUGAAAUCCCUCAGACCAGAAUGCUUUAUCUAUGACUUGUCCGCGGUGGUGAUGCACCAUGGGAAAGGAUUUGGCUCAGGGCACUACACUGCCUACUGCUAUAAUUCUGAAGGAGGGUUCUGGGUACACUGCAAUGAUUCCAAACUGAGCAUGUGCACUAUGGAUGAAGUAUGCAAGGCUCAAGCGUAUAUCCUGUUUUAUACCCAACGAGUUACUGAGAAUGGACAUUCUAAACUUUUGCCUCCAGAGCUCCUGUUGGGGAGCCAACAUCCCAAUGAAGACACUGAUACCUCGUCUAAUGAAAUCCUUAGCUGAUCCAAAGACAAUGGGGUUUUCUUCCUGUGAUUUAUAUAUAUACUUUUUAAAAGACUGAUGUACCAUUUUAAACUUCAUUUUUUCUUGUGAAUCAGUGUAUACUACAUUUAUACAUUUUAUAUCUAACCACAAUUUUUUUUUUUUUUUUUUACAAAGUAUAAAUGUGUAUAUCAACUGAAGGUAACUACUUUUUUCAAAUAUUUGGAGUUUUAAACUUUUGGUGUUUACCUCAGACUGAUGUUACCUCUUUUAUAUUUUUAUGUCUUAAUUGGCUCGGAUGAUGAACUUGUGCAAUCUUCUACCAACAAAGUUCAAGUGGCAUCAUUUUAUAUACAUGUAUCUUUUUCAGGUAUUUUCUAUAUAAAUUCUUAAUAGAUGGAAAAUUAGACUCUACUUUGGUCACUAAUAGUCUUUCAUUUGUAUAUUGAAGUUACCUUGCCCCUUGGAGUUAUUGAAGUGACAUGUCAAGGUAUCACCUAAAUAUUCUUCAGUCACACUCACUGGUGUUUCUGAGGCUUUGUGUGUUAACAGGCCUUGUAAUUGACAUUAUUUUGGUUAAUGUAACCCCAAAAUUGUUUUAGUAAUUGCUCUUUAUUUGGCAUAGUCAAACUAUAAAUGAAAAUGGCAGCUUUACAAAUCGUAUAUUUAAGUGAACUCUGGAACUAUGGACAUGAAAAAAUGAUGGCUGGGAUUUAUGAUUUUUGUCUGGCAGCGAACAGGUUUGUCCAGAAGUCUAAUAAUUAAGCAGUCAUAAAAAGUCUGAAUUUAGCAAACCAGUGUAUGAUGUUAUUCAAAUAGUUUACCUUGGGUAUGAGUUCAUUUUAUAAUGUCUGAUGACAUUAGAUCUCUUAAAACUUUAUGUAUUUUUUUUUAGUUCAAAGGAAUAGAGUCUUGAAGAGAAAAAAUUAUAGGGCAGAAAAGAUAAGUGUUCAAAAUUGGCAACUGGACUAUUAUGUCUAGCAUCUCAUUCUCCUAAAUAACUAAAGCUUGAUUUACUCUUGCUAGGAUUAUGUGACUACUAGGUAGGAGCCUCUUAAAACACUGGCCCUGAGCAUUAAAAAAAACUAAAAGCUAUCUAAACUUACAAAAAAAAAAUACAGUGCGAGUCACUCUUUUUGUUCUUCUCUGAUAAUCUCACUGGAUUUCUUUAAAGUCCUGUUGCUGCUAACUUUAUAUAUCUUAUUCGGAGAGGGUAGAAUCAACUAAUCUCUGUAGACCAGAUAUGUAUCUAAAAGCUCUGUUAACCACAGGAAGAUCGUGUAUCCUUUUUUUAUAAGUGGGUUUAUUUGCAGGUUGAAGUCUUAGUGAAAGAUAAUAUCCUGUAGAAUGCUGUUCACCACUAGUGAUCAUCUGUUAAGUACAAACUUGAAAGAGAUCUCUACCAGUAAAUUUUUCUUAAAUUUCACAAAACAAGUCAUCUGGGUUAGCUGAUAGUGAAGUGCAAUGAGACUUUUAUCACUGAACAGACAAAUCAUUUGUGCCAAAAAUACAUCUGGAAUAUUAAAUGGCUAUGUUUAAAAUUUUUCAUAAUACCUAUGCAAGUUGUUACCUCAACUGUUACACACUUAAUACCUCAUUAAAAAUUUACAUGGUCAAGA